GCCGCCAAUUAGAUGUAAACAAAUCCAUCGCAUUUGAAAAUAAAUGAAGUUCUGUAGAUGUAUUAAAUAUAAUUAUCCUUGUUUUAUAAAAGUUAACUCAUAUAACAUUCCAAACAGUACUCUACGAUACUAUCUAAGCAAUUGAUACAAUUUUGUCAUUAUUUAGAAAACUUGUGAAUUCCUGACGAUACAAGGAUGGAAAAAAUUUGCAACUUUUGCGCUCGCAAAGAUCAGGCCGUCGUGGAACUCGAACGAGAAAGCAUCGAGGACGGUUUGCCCAUUCUAUGCAUUGCGGAAAAGCACUUUUGGUUCACUAACGACGAGCUGCAAUUAUUCAACAUAUGUGAUUCAUGUCGGAACAAGCUGCUGGAGUUUCACCAAUUUUACUGCCAAGUUGAGCAGCUGUACUAUGUACAAUCUGAAGUAAACGAAGGCAAGUUGGAAGUUGGUUCGUUCAAAACGGAACAGUCUGAAGAUGUUUCUUUAAAACAAGAAAUAGAGCAUAUCGAUGAAGAUAUAGUUACCGACACAAACGCCGACUACGAGUCAAGCGAUACACCAGGAAAUGGUAAUCAGUCUAGCAGCGACGCUGAGAACUGCGAGGGUCAAUCUGGUGAGAAAUAUCUACCACGGACUAUCACCGACGAUGACAUUCGCAUGUUCUGCCAGAUGGUAUGCCAUAUCUGCUCGGAAGAAUUCGACUACUUCGCAGAUCUCAAGAAACAUGGCAUCCAAGUUCACGACUCGAAGUGCUACGUGCACUGCUGUAAAAAUCGAUUUUACGCAAUUUUCAGACUUCAGGAGCACAUUCUUUUUCAUCUUAAGCCGGACAUCUAUCGAUGCGAAAAGUGCGGCAUAAAUUUAUGUUCAAAGCGUAGUCUUAUCCGCCACCAGAGUUCCGCUGCACACCUAGUGCGUGCAGAAGGCAAGGUUAUCCAGUGUGUUAUUUGUCAUAAAACGUUCGCAAAGCCGUAUUCGUUGAGCGUGCAUAUGAAACGACAUACACGCUAAAAUCGCUCAGCAGUAAAAUGUGUAAGACUCAUAAGUGCAUAAUUUACAGACCACUCAUAAAGUGAGUAACAGUCACACAUUCACAAAAUCUGCUCAUAUUCAAUUCUAGAUGCGAAAUGUCUUUAUUUUUUUUUUUGUUCGCCAAGUUCACUAGAAAACCUAGAUAGAUUGCCAUACAAAAAUUGGAACUUUCACGAUUUUGUGGACGAAGGAGCUGAUUUUGUAAAUGUGUAGCUGUUACACAUUUUUUGAAUGGUCUGGAAAUUAUGCACUUAUGAGUAGAUCUUACACAUUUUAGUGGUGAGUGGUUUUUGCGUGUAUGGAGAGCGGCUUGUCCACAUCCCAAAAAUGGGAGCAGAUCUGGACGGGUAGUUAGAGAACAUUGCAACAAAACAUUCAAUCAAAAGGUGAAAUACAGGAAACACAUGACCCUGCUUGUAGGAAGCUUUUUUACUCGUGCGAAUUCAGAAAUAAUAAAUUGUUUUC